AUGACGUCUAUAUUGAAAUGUGUUAACUGUAAUAUGGUGCUUGACGAAAUGUUAGCAUAUGUGCAAAAUAAAAUAUCUAUUGUAGAUGAGGAUAGUUUAGCAGAGAUCAAGAAUAUAAAGGACACUUACGCUACUCUGGAGCAUUUAGAGAAUUUCAGGAAAGAGUUCCAGAAUACAAAAUUCUCCCCUUCAGCUUUCUCCAGUAGUAGGCUCAAUAUAAAGAGUGGGCGGACUAUUGAUAGUGAUCCUAUCGAUUUAUCGGAUAGUCACCUCAUGCAAAAUAUCGAAGAUCAUAAAUCCAGUCGCACGGGCUUUGGGGAAUCCUUUCAAACCGAAGAACAGCUGAAUCAUUUUAAUAUUUCUUUUGCGGGGGUAGUUGCAGAAUCAGAUAAAAGUAAAAAUAUGUCGUCUAGAUCUGUGGGCUCCUCCGAUGCACCGUUAAAUCUGACAUCAUUGCGAUCUACUGAUAAGGAAACAAGUGAACAGCUGUGCGUAUCGGUCAAUAAACAUAAACAAGCGGCGGCCAUUGCGACAUUAACUUUACAGGAGCAAAAUGAAAAUAUAACAGGCAACGAAUGGAAACUUGUACAAUACAAGUCAAAACCUAAAAACCGGUAUGAAUAUUCAGAAAGUCCAACAAACCACCACAAAAGUCUUUAUGAAAGAAAACGUUUUCCAGUCAUAGAUAAAAUAAGAUUAAAUAGGAAUAAAGCGACAAGGUAA